AUGAAGGCAAUUUUUGUGAUGCUCUUGAUGUUAAAAGCUGUGAGGUAAGUUCACCCAGAACAUUGGGAAACGAUUUAUGAUCGUACUUCAAGUGAUGUGAGUCAAUGUUUACAUACACUCCAGUCUCAAUGCACUGGAAUUAUUUGCACGGUGAGCAUUCCAAGAGGAUUCUUGGAUUCAGGUCUAGUUCAUAAAGCGAAACGAAAAGGCGACCGUGUUGUUGGUAUAGUUGAUAGAAUACCCCGUAAAGUCGAAAAAAGUCUAUGAUACUUUGAUUCGGGUGAGGUGUUCCACUUGAGAAUUAUAUCAACUGAUACAAAAACGUAAUUGAACCUUGGGAAACAUCUCAUGGCAGAGAGAUUUCAGCGCUAUAGUUGCUUUGAAAAAACAACCGCAAGACGUUAAACAAAAGAGGAGAUAUUUAAUGAAAAUCUAGAGUCGUACGGGGCUUAAGCUCUGAUAUAAGAAAACCCCUAUGACCCUAAAUUAGCAAUAAAAUAAUGAAAUUAUUGAAAGGCAACCUCGGAAUUACAUUUGUUUAGGUUUUUCUAAGAGAAAAUGACACUUAAGAUUUUUACGGUGUCCGGUUAUAAAUCAAAAUGCAGAUAUCAUUCGAGUAAAGACCAUUUCAACUGAGCCAUUUUUUCCAUAUGUUAAACAUACUUCAGAAUAACUAAGUGAACAAUCGACCUGUCAGGCGAAACAUGAAAGUUUCUCAAAUGUAAAGUAAAGUUGUUUAUUUUGGCUACAUAAAAACAUUUUCAGAGAAAGGUAAAGUCAGUUUUAUGAAUUAUGAAAGGGUUCUGGUCUACCAAAGCUGAUUUGUGUAACAUGUAACCGAAACAACAAUAAAACCGUAGAAAUAAAAAUUUUCGUGCUCUUGAGUUCUUUAGGCAUCUUGAUUGUCCCUUCAGACGAGCUCUUACUAUCAGGUGCACGAUUUAAAAUUCUCUCACGAAUUUCCAAAUUGUCUUGGGCGACUUUAACAUUCCUAUCGUUAUUUGAUCAUCCAAAAUGUUAUUAUGCGAAAUGAUUUACAACGUGAAAUAAAAUGUGAUUUGCAGUUUUUAAGACCAAGUCAGUGUGGUAACGCGUGAUCGGCAAGGCAUCUAAGAUUAUGACCGCUCUCUGAAACUUCAGGUGUUUCCCCAAGUUUGUUUCCAAUCUCUAUGCAGCUUGCGUACAGCAAAUUGGUUUCUACGUCAUGAUAAACAUAAGAGACUUAAACUGGAGCAGGAUUACCGCCCAUGUAAUAUAACCCAUUAAUGAGUUGGAUGCUUCUAGUUAGGGCGCGCAACGCACGUUAUUGUUUACGUGGACGAAGACGAAGAAUAGAUAAAAGGAAAUUAAAAUAGUCAUUUUACGUAAGAAUCUGUGGGCAGACAUUUCCUCCCAUUGUAAAAAAGAUAACCUGCCCACUCUGCACUGAGCGUAUUUUCAAAGAACUUUUGAAAUAUGUUGACAUAUGCUGUUGCUAUUUCAGUGUGAAAACUCUGCCUGAAUUUAAAUCCAGCAAAGAACCAGAUAACAAGGCACGUGCAGAUGACGUAACUGAAGACAUUACUUUGGAAUAUCGUCCUGAGAUAUUAAGGGAAAAUUUGAUCAAAUUAUUCAACUUGACUGCACAGGACUUAGAACUAAGGUACGGAGUAUUCUAAUGUGUAUGGGUGCGUAAGUGUGUGUGGGUGUGGGAGGGGGGGGAGGGGAGGGGAGGGAGAGAGAGUAGGCCAUUUGUGUGGGACAAUAGGAAAUGAGCCGAAUAACCCAAAGUCAGCGUAGUAUCAGCCGAAGCCAGAGCUAAUUAUGGCUCUUGCGGAAUCCCCCCCCCCCCACCCCCUAAGUUCUUUUCCAGUUUCUUUAUCAAUGACACGAUCACGCUGAAAAUUUACAUUCGUCCUGUUAGCCCAUCACAGAUAACCACAGAACUUUUUCAGUCACGCGGUGAAAAAUUAUGUAAAUUUAUUUCAACAAAAGUAAAUAUUAACACAAGAAAAGCGGUUAAAACCCGCGGGACUGAUUAAGAGAAUAUCAACUGAUAUUCUCCUGGACUGACUUAGUGCGCCAACAUGGCCGCCAUUUUUUUGUUUAGGUUACCAAUAUGGAUGCCCUUACGUUACGUGAAAACGAUCUAUUAUAUUCCUGGAAAGAUUGCCAUCGUCCAUUUCUACUCUCAGUUAGAGAGAGGAGAGAGGCUCCGUCGACCGUUGACAUAGGCUCUGACUCUUGCCUGAAAACACAACAAAAUUAUUUCUUCAGAGUUAGAUUAUGGAGCCUUUGAUUUUGUCUCUCGAUUUAUCGGUUUCGAAUAUGGACAAAAUAGGCAGGGAUAAUUUUUUUGCACCUAUCUGGCAUAUCUUGCCAAAGUACACAAAAUACCCUGGUUGUGUAGUAUUCUAUAAGGGAUUAACAUAAAGUUAGUGUGACGAGGGAUUGGCCAGAUUCACUUGUGGGAUGCAGGAUGAAAGACAAUUUUAGGGCGGAACGCGGUUUAAAGUACAGCGAGAUUGGAAGCCCUAUUUUUGAUCCCUAUUAUCAGUUCUAAGCUUGUAGGAAGAUUGAUUUUUAAUUAGCUGUCGGUAUAUCUCGAAACAUCACCUGACAUAAAACUUUCUUUAAUCUUUUUUCCGAGUAGUAGAUGAUAUUAUGUACUAUGAACAAGUUUUAUAGUAAAAAAGAGCAAAAAUUUCCUUUAACACUUUGCGUAAUCCGGUUACAGACUGCGAACGGUUUUAACAUUUCGGGCAAACUUUGUAUAAAGUAUUUAUACGGUUAUGAUGUAACCCCCAAAUUUGUGUUUUGCUUCUUUUUUUGAUUUGUAUUCUUUUAUCCUGUUAAAUCUGUUACACUUUCCACUCUGAGACAGAAAUUUUACUCUUUCUUCUCUCUUGACAAGCCUGGCCUCUUCCAAACGGUUUGAAAAUAAUCGAAUUUUGUUUUUAUAUUCCUAGUUAUGAAACAAUUUGGCCAGGGGGUCGUAGCACGAUAACGCUAAAAAGGACACGUGGAAAAUCUGGUGACAAGAAGUUAUUGGAUGUACCCCAGGUUACAACUGGUGAGAAGAGUGACCAAAAAAGCACGACACAGAGCAGGUAAAAAGCAGUGCAUUAUUGACUUUAAGGAACAGAUUUGUCCAGGCAUAUUUCUUGCGUUAAAUGGAGGCUACUUUGUUGAUUAUCCUUCAAACAUCUUUGCAACGCGUGGAACAAAACGUUACGAACAGCUUACCGUUUACGUUACGAACAGCUUACCGUUUACUGCGUUGCUAAUUUUUCACUGUUCUACACCAUGGAUUUAUGGACAAAUGAAUAUGUUCCUAGUUCUGUAAGCAGCAUUCGUCUUGAAUUAAAUUUGAAACAGACUUUUAUCGUAUUGGGCAUGAGGCCGAAAAUUGGGCGAUAUCAUUUGGGGAAUAUUUUUUUUUAGCUAGGGCAUAUCUAGUCACGUGACCCCUUUAAACCAAUCGCGUGCGAGCAAAAUCAUUUGUAACCUGAAGUUGACUACCAUCUCGUCCAAGACAACUGGCAAUUUUCCCCAGUCGUUUCAUGGUAUGGAAACCGGGGUAAGGUCUGGCGCUAAUGAGUCACGUGGCUCAAAAUGAAUUGGAAUUAAUAUGGGUCCACACUAUCAUUCCCAGGCAAUGCUCGUGAGAUUCUCAUGAAUGACAUUUGUAUCAAUUUCUUUCUUGAAAUCACUAGAGGUACAACUCAUAAGCUACAAGCUAAGCGAGUGAUAAUUCCACCAGACGAACGAAAACAGCUACCUUCCUCCAGUAAGGCCCAGAAAUCACCUCACUCAGCUGCUUGUAAAGUGUCUUGUAAAGGAUUUUGCAAAUGGUCUUGUUCGGGGACUUUGAUAGGUCCGCAUCACGUACUAACUAGCGCGCAUUGUAUCGACGGAGUGGAUGUCGCUACUCUUCAGGUUGGGUUUCUGGAGAGAAAUGGCCGGCUACAGUGGUACGAUGUGAUGAAAGCGUCCAUGCCACUACGAUGGAAAAUUACUAAGAAAAAAUAUGAUUAUGCCGUGCUUAAACUCAAAGGUCGGGCAAAUCGUCGAUCGUACGUCAGUGUCGUAUCCGUGUCCCUGCCCAAAAACUCGUUGAUAUCGAUCACAGGUAAGCUAGGCGCUAGUAAGUAUCGAUCUUACUUCAGAGUCGUUCCAUACCCUUACCCAAAGGAAUGCAGAAAAAAAGUCCAGGUGACCUGGAGGCUAAUUGCUAUAGUUUCGUACGGGAAACUUCAGGUCGCCAAUGUCACUGUACCUGAGCGGUAGAAAAGCAACUGACAAUGUUAAAAUCAGUAACUCAUUGAAAACAUUUUGAGCCGGUUAUUUAAACAAAGUUUAGCCGUUGUUUAACAAAAACCAUCUUCAAUUUAGCCGAACCUUUUGUCUAAACAUUUAUUUUUGUUGACAAUGUCCAGAUGGUCUGAAGACCACUGCUUGCAUAAAACCGCGGUUCGGGUUACAGGCCUCAUGUAAAUAUAACCGGCCCUUCGGGUUUAACACUUGUAAAUAUUCCCAAAUUCUAUAUGGAAACUGCCCGGACCCACCUAAUAAAUCAAUUAAUCAGUUAUUUAUCUGUACGUCAUUAAACAUUUUCGGUCGUUUUUAAAUGCUUGAUACGGUGACCAUAAUUUUCGAAAAACAAAGAAGCACGAGCAAAAAUCCACUUUUUUUUUCACAUCGUACCUCCUAAAUUGAAUUUUUCAUGUUUUUUUAUUCGUAAGGAUUUCCCGGUGACAAAUCUCCUAGCAGUCUUUGGAUCUCCAAAUGUCGUGCAAUCUUAGUGAGCAGCGGUCAGAUUUGGAAUAACUGUGACGUGGUGAGAGGGAGUUCGGGGUCAGGUGUUUUAGUAAAGGACAACAGCGGAGGGAUAACUCGCACGGUUGUUGUCGGUGUACUGUCCGGCGAACAAUCUGUACGAAUUCGAGGACGUGUCAAGAGAUUUAAUGUAGCUGUUCAUCUAACAGGGUCUAAGCUAUCUCAGAUUAAUGAAUGGAUAAAUAAAUAAAGCCUAUUUUAAAGCUUGAGAAGGAGAAAUUAAAAGCAUUUAAAGGAG